AUGGCGUGGCGGACUCCCGGGCCAUGGAAGACGCCGCUCAGCAAAGACACCAAGAAGGAUGACUCAAGCUUUCCGGGCCUCAAGCCCACAACGCCGGACGCGACAGCCAAGAUCGAGUAUGAAGAGCUGCAGCAUAAUGAGCUGCUUGCUCUGGAAGCCAUCUACGGCGACGACUUCGUGAAACACACCGAUGGCCACAGCGCCUGGAAGAAAACCGAGCCGUCCUUUGAUAUUCACAUCAAGGCGUCGACCGACAGCGACUUUGCAGUUACUGUUGGCUUUGUCAUGACCGCUACCUAUCCCAAAACACCUCCGCUUCUCACCGUCAAGGGCCUGGAGCACCUGCGAGAGGCAACGCAAUUCAAAGUGCAGAAGUUUAUUGAGACUGAACCCAAGAUCUUUGCCAAAGAUGAACAGGAAAUGGUCGACAAGAUUGUCGAGGGUGUCAGAGAUAUCCUUGAAGAUGCUGCACAAGCAAAGGCCACUGGCAAGCACCUCCCGUCGCUCGAGGAAGAGCGCGAGAGGCACGAGGCCAACGUGGCCAAGCUAGCUCAGGAGCAAAAGGAGAAAGAGGAGCGCAAAAAGCUGGAAGAAACCCAGGAAGAGGAGCGAGUCAUGUCUCAGAUGCUCCAGCAGCAGCUCCAGCGCCAGCGACAAAAGGCAAAGGAAUCCAGACAAAGCAGACGACCAAAUGCUGGUGGAAACGGUCAACCGACGCAAAGCACGGAAUCGGAUGCUGAGCAGAUCGACUUCGAUCAGUACUGCGACACAACCGACAAGACCGGCAACGUCCUCACAUUCAGAUCAGUCUCUGGAAAGUGCGAUGAGCGCCGAGGCCAAGUCUCCGUUGUCUUUACUGUUCGCCCUGUUCUUGCCGGCGGCCAGAGCAGCCAAACGUUGGCUCUGAAGGAAGCUGUCCUAAAGUCAAGUGGGAAAGACUGCAAGGAUCUGAAGAAGCAGAUACAGUCUCUCGAGUCUCGCCUGCAAGAUCUCAAGUCCGGGAAGAAGAUUCAGCAUCGGCAUCUCGUGGAAAUCCUUGACUUUAAGGUGGAAAGUGGAUUGCCCGAUGAUUCCGCGGCUUUGAACGCCUGGACCGUGCGAGUGCUCACGCCCUUGGCUGAGAAGGGCUCUCUGGACGAGCUCUUGGAGCUGGCUGGCCAUCUGGGCAUCGACAAGAUUCGUUCUUGGACGCGAGACUUGCUCGAUGCGCUCAACUUCCUGCACAACAAGAACAUUGCCCACCAAGAUAUCCACCCGGGAAACAUCUUGCUCUUCCGGGAGUCCACGGGCGAAGUUGUGCCCAAGAUAUCCGAUGCGUGGUACCAAAGAGAGAUCCACAACGCCAGUCUGCAGAAGCAGGGCAUGCCUGGGCUCAACUCUGCAAAGUCCGCAUAUUGGCUCCCGCCGGAAAUCGCAGCUACGUCGAAACCUCAGUACACAUUCAAAACGGACAUAUGGGAGUUCGGCGUGGUCUUCGUGCAGAUGAUCUUCGGCCUCGAUGUCCUCCAGAAGUAUUCGUCGCCCAGGAAUCUCAUGGAGAGCCUCACUCUCUCACACUCAUUGCAAGAGCUCGUCGGCCGUUUCUUCAAAGAGGACAAGCAGAAAAGGCCACGGGCUUUUGAACUCGGAGCCAGCGAAUUCCUGGCCACGGAUGCCCCUGUGCUUUUGGAGGAGACCUCUGCCGUCCUGUCGGCUACACCUUCCUUAACCUCGUUGCAGACGUAUCCUGUAAAAAUGCGACGCGAAUCCAUGAACAGGAACACAGCUGUCUCUCGAUACACGGAGGAUUUCGUCGAAGAAGGCCGACUGGGCAAGGGCGGGUUCGGCGAGGUUGUCAAGGCGCGCAAGAAGCUGGAUGGCCAAAUUUAUGCCAUCAAGAAGAUCACGCAGCGUUCACAUGCCAGUCUAACAGAAAUCCUCAAGGAGGUGCGGCUCCUGUCGCAGAUCAGCCACCCAGCCGUUGUGCGCUACUACAAUACUUGGGUUGAGGAAGUGCCCGAAUUGACGGACACCGAAGGCGAGACGUCCACUGACGACUAUACCGAGGAGACUCGAGAGACGGGCUCGGCUGGCAUCGACAUACAGUUUGCCACGAGCACAGGCGGACUAGAUUUCAUGUCAUCCAACGCCAACAUCGACUUCGGCUACGAAGAUGACAGCGACGACGACGAGGAUGAUGAUGACUCUGACGACGACGAAAGCUCCGUCGUUGACGACGCGCCUGGCAACCACCCAAUGUCGCCUGGUAGGGGGAGGCAUACGGCUAUGCCACGGCGCCCUCGAUUUCACCGACCGUACCGCACCAUUCUGUACAUAUCGAUGGAGUACUGCGAAAAGAGAACCCUGCGAGAUCUGAUAUCUCGCAACCUCUACAAGAACACGCCAGAGAUUUGGCGUCUUUUCCGGCAAAUUCUGGAGGGGCUGGCACAUAUCCACGGCCUCAGCAUUGUCCACCGCGACUUGAAGCCCGAGAACAUAUUCAUCAGCAGCAGCGUUGAUGGAGUCGACAACGUCAAGAUCGGCGACUUUGGCCUGGCAACGAGUGGUCAGUUUUCAGUUGAUAAGGCCGCAGCUAACACUCUCGAGACGGCCGACAUGACAAUGAGCGUUGGGACAGCAUAUUAUUCGGCCCCCGAGGUCAGGUCGGCCGCUAAUGGUCAAUACAGCACCAAGGUGGAUAUGUAUUCGCUUGGCAUCAUCUUCUUCGAGAUGUGCUACCAGCCUAUGCUGGGCAUGCAAAAGGCAGAUGUCAUUGGGAACCUGCGAUCACUCAAGCCAGAGCUUCCGGCCGACUUCAAGCCCGCCGAGAGAACUCAGACGGAAAUUGUCUUAUCGCUUGUCAACCACAGCCCCAAGGAAAGGCCAUCCGCUGCGGAACUGCUGAAGAGCGGUAAACUGCCGGUUCAGAUGGAAAGCGAAACGAUCAGGCGCACGCUCGCGGGCUUGUCGGAUCCCAGCUCGCCGUACUACUCCAAGAUGCUGAGCACCCUGUUUAACAGACCUGUCGAGCCCACGAGAGACUAUGCUUGGGACAUGUUCGCCAACACUCCAGGCUCAACUGAGCUCCUCCACCAGAGCGUCGUCAAAGACGCGCUCACAGCCGUCUUCCGUCACCACGGGGCGUUGGAGAUGCCUCGCAGCUCCAUCUAUCCCAGGUCGAAUCAUUACGGAGAGAAUGUGGUGCAGCUGUUGGACCCCAACGGAACGGUUCUCCAAUUGCCGUACGACCUGAUCAUGGGGAAUGCUCGUAUGGUGGCCAAGCACCCAAACACUAUCCAACGAACCUUUACGUUUGGCAGCGUGUACAGGGACAGGCAGGACACCGGGCAGCCCCAGGUUUUCGGAGAGGUCGAUUUCGACAUUGUCACGCCCGAUACAUUGGACUUGGCGUUGAAAGAGGCAGAGGUCAUCAAGGUUCUUGACGAGAUCGUGUUCACGUUUCCAUCUCUCUCGUCAAGCCAGAUGUGCUUCCACGUGGGCCACUCGGAUCUGCUCCAGCUCAUCUUUGAGCACUGUAGAGUUCCCACUGCCUCUAGGCGAGUAGCAGCGGACGUGCUAAGCAAGCUGAACAUCCACAGUCAUACGUGGCAGAAGAUCCGUAUGGAGUUGCGCUCGCCCGCGGUAGGCGUCUCAGCGACUAGCGUCGACGAGCUUGCGCGCUUCGACUUUCGCGAUACGCCUAACAAAGCUUUCGCGAAACUCAGUAAGCUGUUCGAAGGCACAGACAUGUAUCAGCGAGCCUCGCCCACAAUCGCGCAUAUCAAGGAAGUGGUGGAGUACACCAAGCGGUUUGGAGUCGCCACCAAGGUCUACGUCAACCCUUUGAACAGCCUGAAGGAGAACUUCUAUGUUGGCGGCAUUCUAUUUUCAUGCCUCUAUGACAGGAAGUCAGGGAAGGACGUAUUUGCGGCGGGCGGGCGAUAUGACCACUUGAUCAAGGAGCAACGGCCCAAGAUUGGAGGUCGCGUCGACGAGAGGCAUGCAGUAGGUUUCAGCCUGGCGUGGGAGCGGCUAGCGCGAAUUCCGAAAUCGGGAGGAAAGUCGUUUCUCAAGAAGCCAGAGGAGGAGAUGACGAGCAUGUUCUCGGGACGAAGGUGUGAUGGUCUCGUUGCCAGCUUCGACACCGCCCUCCUUCGAUCCACGGGCGUUGAAAUUCUUCAACAGCUCUGGGCGCACGACAUCAGUGCCGAGCUUGCCAAAGACGCGAGGUCUCCAGAAGACUUGCUGUCCAAGCAUCGGGACGAAAAUUACUCUUGGAUCAUCAUCAUCAAGCAGGACUCCAUGCUGAAGAUCAAGACGAUGGGCAGAAGCGAUGUCGCCGAUGUCGAUAUUCCCUCAUCGCAACUACUUGCGUGGCUGCGGCCUCAGAUCCGCGAGCGCGACUCCAGAGUGGCCAUGAAGCUUCGAGGCAGCGCAUCGCAGGCCGAGUCGACGGCCUCUGGUGGCGGCGACAGGGUCUCAGAGCAAGAGGUCAAGGUGCUGGUGGCUCAGACGAGGAGCAAGAAGUUUAACCGCCGCACGGUAGUCGAACAGGCCCAGACCAACGCCGCAAACCUGGUGCGGUCAUUCCUGGACGGUCCAAUCCUGGCGGUUGAGACAACAGACCAGGUGAUGGACCUCAUCAGGCAGACAAGCAUAUCGGAUCAGGAAAGCUGGCGCAAGGUGGACCACGCGGUCACGACGUCAGAGAAGAAGUAUGUGCGAGAACUGCACGACCAGCUCGACACGUGGCGGUACGCGUACGAGAAGAAGAACGGAACGAGACACUCGUUCAUCUACAACUUCCGGACGGGAACGUGCAUCUACUACGACCUGGGCGACUGA